CCAAAUAUUAGAUCUAGGUGUGUGAAACCCUAGUUCUCUAACCUCUUUCAAAAUCCAAUACCCCCAUUUCAUUCAGCCAUCAUUUUGUUUUCCUGUCAAUUCCUCACAGCCACUCAUUUACUCUCAAGUACAUCAUAGCUGUCCAUUAUAAAAAAAAAGAGAAAAGAAACCCUAGUUCACUCCCACAGCCGCCAAAGCCUUCCCCCUUUCCCCUCCGUUCAAAUCUUCAGCCCCACACCCCUGCUCUCCUCUUCAAUCUCCAAGCCCUAGUCUCAGCGCCUCUUUCCAGCCCGACGCCAUCCUCCUCGCCGACGAAGCCUUCGUUUCUCCCCGCGACGAUGACCAGCCAGCCCAGGAUCCUCGAGCGCCUCCUCCAGAUCCCGACCAGCCGACAUCGCCGCCUCCUUCCAGUCGUCCCUCCCCUCCCUCUCUCGCGGGUCCUUCGACACCACCCCGACGGCCGCCCUCCUCACGAACGACGACAGCCAGCCCCCCGCCUCUUCACCAGUCUUGCAACACCACCGCCAACACCCCUUUUCAUCCUCCAGCAGUGCCCUAGCCGAGCACACCAGAUCCGAUCAACCUGCACAACAAAAGUGAUACAAGUGAGUCCAAACCACGGAUUCCAUCAAGUAGUUUCUUCUCUCAACUAUUUAGAAUAUUGUUGGGUUCAUCAUUUGAAUUACAUCUAUGAAUUAUUAUCAAUUAUCUGCUGUUCCACUUACAAUUGGUGAGAUGUGUGAUCUGUCGACUAUAUAUUUUACUGAAUUUUGAUAUUGAGAUUCGAACAAUACCAUCGUAACUUGAAUUGCAUUUAAUUUCAAUAAGUUUCAACUGGUCUUUAGAACUACGCUUGCAAUUUAAUUCAAUAUUAAGAAAUUGUGAAUCUAUUUCCUACACGAUCGUGAUUUAGUUGGUGAAACAUUGUGUAAUUUCAAUUAAAUUGGUGAUCGCCUGAAUACACACACGUCGUUUCACAUCAUUUUGGUAUCAGAGCACGGUUAGGUAGGAAAUUACAUCAUUUUUAGUUUGCAUUUAUUAUUCUGUCUGCAAUUGCAUCUAAAAAAAUUUACAUCUUUUAGUUGUUUGGGCGUGAUUAGUGCAUGCCACUCCGUAGUGGUCAAACUUACUUAUUAGGAGAGUCUAGCGAGUCGGACAAUUCUAGAAUGGAUUCCAACGCGUUCCCCAUAGCUGACCUCAUGAGUCAACUCAACGCUUUAACCCAAGCCGUGAACGAAGUUCGUCAAUCUCAACAAGAAGAUCGUGACAAAUUGCAUGAAAGAUUGCAGAGGUUAGAAAUACGUGGGACGCAAAACAACGAACACAACGAAGAGCACGUUCCAAUCAGAACCCACCAAAGACGUAAUGCUCAAGAUCCUGACGAACGAUACCUGAAGAGCAUUAAGCUGGACGUUCCUACUUUCGAUGGACGAUCGGAGCCUAAAAAUUUCUUGGAAUGGAUCCGACAAGUGGACGAUUACUUCAACUGGUAUCCACUUUUCGAAGAGAGAAGAAUCAAAUUUGCAGCAAUGAAACUAACUGGUCAGGCUAGCCAAUACUGGGCUAACUUGGAAAUGAUGAGAGUAGCUCGCCAAAUGGCCCCCAUCAACACAUGGGCGAAUAUGAAAGACAAGCUCAAAGAGAAGUAUGUACCUGUAUCUUACCACGAACGCAUUCUCGACAACUGGAACCGAUUUACACAAGGUAAUAAAUCCGCUAAGGAUUAUGUUACUCAAUUUGAAGAGUUCCAAAUUCAGUGUAAUGCUUUGAACAUUGAGAAUCCACACCAAACUCUCUCUCGAUUUAGAGCCGGACUUCGAGAAGAUUUGCGAAAUGAACUUUUGAUUCGAGGAAUUUCUGAGCUUGAGAAAGCCUAUGUCGUAGUUCAGGACUUAGAUACUACGAGGUCUAGCUCCACUUUCAAGAAUUCCGUACAAGGACACAAAUAUACUUUGGGUCAAUACCCAAAUCGAUUUCAAGCUCAAACAUCAUCACAAAAGACCGACACCUCGAGCGGGAAUAAAGAACGAGAUAACAAAGGCAAGGGCACUGAAAGGAAUUUCUCAAAGGUUAGUUCCACUACCAAAUGUUACAAGUACCAAGGGUAUGGACAUGUGGCUGCUAACUGUCCAAGUCCCGUUAAAAUCACCAUUGUCAACGGAGAGCCUGUUGAAGAAUUAGAGUCAAAGAAAAAUGAAUUCGUUUAUCAUGUGGAAGAAGAGGAUUUUGACUCAAGUGAGGAAUUUGACGAGAAUGAUAUUAGUAUUGGUUGCAUUCGAUCAACACCGUCAAGUCAACUAGCUGUCGUUAGAUGUGCUUUGACCCAACCGAAGGACCAAGAUGAUUGGAGACGAACAAAUAUGUUCCACACAUUCACAAAGAUUGGAGGAAAAUCUUGUAAAGUUAUUGUGGACAGUGGAAGCUGCAUCAAUGCAAUAUCGUCUACGGAACUUGCUAAGUUUGGUCUGAAAGCUGUACACCAUCCGCACCCUUAUAGAGUCAUGUGGAUUGAUUCUACCGCACUAGACGUUAAACAAAGAUGCCUUGUGCCGAUAGACUUUAAUCUGUACAAGGAUAAGAUUUGGUGUGACGUUGUGGCCAUGGAUGUGGGUCAUGUCAUCCUUGGACGACCAUGGUUGUAUGAUAAUGAUGUAACUAUCUAUGGUCGAACAAACACAUGUCAUUUUGAACAUGAAGGAAAGAAGAUCAAGUUACUCCCCAGUUCACCCAAGACUAAGCAACCCGAACAAAAGCCAAUUGCAGUAAAGAAAAAUAAGGGUGUUAGCUUGAUCACAACAAAGGAGAUCCGUCAAGAGUUUGAAAAGGGAGCCCCAGUCAUGAUACUCACAGCCAGGGAGGUCACUAAGGAAUCUAGCAACCCCCUUCCUCCUGAAGUCACUCCGGUGAUCACGGAAUUUGCUGAUGUUUUCCCUGAAGAUCUCCCCGACAAGUUACCACCGAUGCGUGACAUUCAACACGCUAUUGAUUUGGUCCCUGGAGCGAGUCUUCCCAACUUGCCGCAUUAUAGGAUGAAUCCUACUGAACAUGCUGAACUCAAGAAGCAAGUUGAUGAGUUGUUAAAGAAAGGAUUUAUCCAAGAGAGCAUGAGUCCUUGCGCGGUUCCCGCGUUGCUGACGCCAAAGAAAGAUGGAUCGUGGCGUAUGUGCGUGGAUAGUCGUGCCAUCAAUAAGAUAACAGUGAAAUAUCGUUUUCCAAUCCCACGUUUGGAUGAUAUGUUGGAUAUGAUGUCUGGCGUUACUGUCUUUUCAAAGAUCGAUUUAAAGAGUGGUUAUCACCAAAUCCGCAUUCGUCCUGGAGAUGAAUGGAAGACCGCCUUCAAAACGAAGGAUGGGUUGUACGAAUGGAUGGUCAUGCCUUUCGGAUUGACCAAUGCUCCGAGUACUUUCAUGCGAGUGAUGACGCAAGUACUACGUCCGUUCAUGGGUAGAUUUUUGGUAGUCUACUUUGACGACAUCCUCAUUUACAGUCAAUCUCGUGAGCAACAUCUUAACCAUUUGUGACAAGUUUGCUCUAUACUAAGA